GGGAGCCCGGGCCCCCCCGUUCGCCUGCGGAAGCGGAAGUCGGCGCUUUAUAAGCCCGCCCUUGGGGGCGCCGCGGGGCGGGGCUCCGCCGUGCUGGGGGAAACUCUCGGCCUGGCCUUGUUCACCGUCUUCCUGAGGCUGCUCAACUGCCUUUUCGUCCAGACCAGUUUUGUCCCAGAUGAGUACUGGCAGGCACUCGAAGUCGCCCAUCGCCUGGUCUUCAAAUAUCCUUUUUUGACCUGGGAGUGGAGCGAGGGGCUGCGGGGCUCCCUCUUCCCGCUCUUCUUUGCCGGCAUCUAUAAAGGGCUGCAGCUGUUCUCCAGGGAUGAGGUGCAGUGGCUGAUCUGGCUCCCGAGGCUCAGCCAGGCCCUCCUGGCCGCCCUGGCAGAUGUGAAGCUCUACUCCUUUGCCAAGCGCCUGGAGAAUGGCGAGAAGACGGCCAAGUGGGUGUUGUUCUGCCAGCUGUGCUCUUGGUUUACCUGGUUCUGCUGCACCAGAACUCUGACCAACACCAUGGAAACCGUUCUGGGCACUGUGGCUCUCUCCUACUACCCCAUGGAAGGCACACAGCCGGGGAGCAGGGGGAAGUGCCUGGCCCUGGUGGCGCUGGCCUGCCUGGUGCGCCCAACCGCCCUCCUCCCCUGGACUCCGCUGCUGCUGCACCACUUCUGGCAAGAGCCUCAGAAGCAGCACCUGCUCCUGCACACCUGCCUCCCGCUGGGGCUGGCUGCUUUCGGAGGCUCUCUCAUAGUGGACCGGCUGUUCUUUGGCCAGGGGAGUUCAUGGUGGGUCGUGGUUCAGCUGAACUUCUUGAAGUUCAAUGUCCUUCACAACUUGGCCGCCUUCUAUGGCUCCCACCCGUGGCACUGGUACUUCUCCCAGGGCUUGCCCGUGGUCCUGGGCGCCCACCUCCCCUUCUUCCUCCACGGCUGCUUCCACGCCCCAGCCAGGCAGCGAGUCUUGCUGGCAGCAGUGCUUUGGACAGUGGCAGUUUACAGCACCCUGAGCCACAAGGAAUUCCGCUUCAUCUACCCCGUGCUGCCGUUCUGCAUGGUGUUCUGUGGACAGUCUCUUCAGCGGCUGAGAAGAUGGAGGCCGGCUGCCUGCGCCUUCCUGCUGGUCGCCAACCUGCUGCCUGCGCUCUACACGGGGCUGGUCCAUCAGCGCGGCACCCUUGACGUCAUGGGCUACCUGCGAGGCCUGUGCCCCACAGCUCCCGCCACAGCCCCCCCGGCUUCCGUCUUGAUCCUGAUGCCCUGUCACUCCACCCCUCACUACAGCCACCUCCACUGCCUGCUCCCGCUGAGGUUUCUGGCGUGCCCCCCAGACCUGACAGGGAAGGCCAAUUACAUGGAUGAAGCAGACCGGUUUUACACAGCCCCACAGCAGUGGCUCAGGGAGGAGUUUUCUAACACAACCCUGCUGCCCACUCAUGUGGUCUUCUUCAAUGUGCUGCUGCAGGACAUUGCCUCCUUUCUGGCUGCGAAUGGGUACAGCAGAGCCGCCACCUUCUUUCACACCCACCUCCCUCAAGGCCGAACCGGCAGCCACCUUUAUGUCUACGAAAGGGAUCCGGCCCAGCUCCGGGGAGGGUCAGCGGCCAGCUAGCGGCCCCAGCUCUCUUGGGACAGGACCUCUUACCAGCUCCGGAAAAGCUGCCCCCCUCCCUUUGCACCAGGUGGGCUCUUCUACAGAAAGUUUCCCAGAAGAUGGUUGGGCUGCUUUUGAUAUCAGUUUUUUAAAAUAAAAUUUAAAAAUCCCGUCGUCUCUUCGCCAA